CGGGGAAGCUCUUUCCAAGGUCAUGCUCCUCCGCUGCAACCUGCAGUUCCUUUUAUCCAUGUUCCACUUGACCUCGACAACAUAGACAGACUUUUCACCUCGUUCCGUUGAUCAUGUACGAGCGAAAGCUGUCAAAUCCCGCAGAUCCUCGGUCAUACGUGCCGAACACCUGCUCGUCGGCCUAACGUCCUGCUAUCCACACUCUGUCAGGUGGUCUGAUAUCAUCCGAAGGUGGGACUGACGAAGCUUUGUAGUUUCCUGAAUCUUCAGUCGAAGGCUCCUUCCUGUCUUCCCAAACUCACUCCAUUUGCAGCAUAUCAUAUCGUUGCCAUUAGCACCUGCUAACGUUGCUGUCAAGACGGUCACCAUGCGAGCCUUACGGUAUCAUGGCGUCAAAGAUCUCCGCUUGGAGCACGACGUGCCAGAACCAAAAUGCGGGGAUAAUCAGGUCAAGGUAAAACCUGCUUUCUGUGGCAUAUGCGGAACGGAUCUACACGAAUACUUCUCUCCAACAUUUAUUCCAGGGAAGGAUUCCCCUCACCCAAUUACCAAAGAGGUUAUGCCCAUUGCUAUCGGGCACGAGUUUAGCGGCGAAGUGGUCGAGAUCGGUGCCAAUGUUGAUACCUCUCUCAAACCUGGCGAUAAAGUUGCCGUCCAGCCCACACUGGCUUGCUUCUCUUGCGAACCUUGCCAUGGAGGACAUAUCAACUCCUGCGAAAAGGGAGGCUUUGUAGGCCUGAGUGGCGGCGGAGGCGGGAUGACGGACUUCGUUUGUGUCGACCCACAGUUUGUCUUCAAGCUGCCUGACAACAUCAGCCUGGAUGUCGCUGCACUGGUUGAACCAUUGGCCGUGGCCUGGCACGCGGUCGAUCAAUAUGAUAUCGUAUCCGGAGAGACCGAUGCAUUGGUGUUUGGUGCAGGACCAAUUGGCCUGGCUGUCAUCCAAUGUUUGAAGGCACGAGGUGCCCGCACAAUUAUUGUUGUUGAGUUGGCCAAACAGAGACAGGAACACGCAUUUCAUUUCGGAGCGACGCACCUGAUUGAUCCAACAAAAGAAGAUACUGUGAAACGAGCCAAGGAGAUCACGAAUGGUGUUGGUCCGCAUGUGGCCCUCGAUGCCGCGGGUGUGCCCGCCAGCUUGAAAGCCGCUGCCGCUGCGGUCAAGGCCAAAGGGACGAUUGUCAACAUUGCUAUUUGGGAGAAAGAGGUACCUUUCAACCCAAAUCUUCUGGUCUUUGGUGAGAAGACAUAUGUUGGUGUCUUGGGCUACCUUCAAAAAGACUUUGCUGGUGUCAUCGAGCAUAUAGCCAACGGUACCUUGAAGCCCGAAAAGAUGAUCACUGGAAAGAUUAAGAUUGACCGAGUUCCGGAGGACGGAUUCAAACCUCUGAUCGAGGAAAAAGACAAGCACGUCAAGAUACUGGUGGACUGCAGGGCAUAGGAUGGAAUGAUGAGCAUUCCAAGUGGACUGUCAGACCAACAGAGACACUUGCCAAUUGCUAGGGAUAUACAGCCCUCUAAACACAUUUAUAACUCCUCAAUUGUGUUCUUUAUGCACGGCGAUUAACUUCACAAGGCUGGACCCUGCAAGGCUGUCUGGAGUUUCGGUGCUUAGGUCGGCCAAUCAACAUUGUUAAGGCUGACUGACGUCUGUGGAGAAACUCGCCAACUGUUGUUUCUUG